AUUUUAUUUCACCCUGUAAUCACGCUAAAGGAGCUUGAACUUGGAUUAUCUUCUAGGCGGCAGCUGGAUAACGCUGAAAAAUAUAACUUUGACUAAAGCUGUUGUGGGCUUGUAGCGUUCUGCCUAAAGGUGAAGGAGCAUGCUGUUGAACUUGCAAAGGCCAUGGAGAUGAGGAUGGGGUAACUGCAGCUGUGAAAGCAUUCUUUAAGCAUCUCCCUCUGAUAAAGCUGGAGCCUGAGCCGCUGCCAGAAAGUCCAGUUUCUUUUCUGUGUUUUUUUUUUUUAAGCAGAUGUUUCAAUUGUUUUCCUGAAUGUCAUCUGGAGUCGUUUUGUCGGUAUGUUCUUCUUAGUUAUGCAUUAGCAAUAUAGCAUGAUAAUAUUCCUUAGCAUUAUUGUGUCUACUAAACAAGAUACAGCAGCCCGUUUCUGAUUAUGCUAUAGAAUCUCCAUCCUAGUUCCCUAAUUGUAACUAUCUCCAUUCUACUAUACAUAUUGAGUGGCAUUAAUCUAGUUGAAUGGAAACCCAAAAAAAAAAAAAGAAAAAGAAAAAGAAAUACCUUUAAGCUUCAUGACCAUGCCAUUGCUGUGGGUGGUGGUUGUGUAGAAUUUGAAAGCGAAGAGUUAUACAUUUAUUUUUUGGGUGUUGGUUUUCCUUAUGGCCAAUGAAUGCUAGCAUCUUAGGUAUAAAUGUCUCCUAGUUCAAGAUCGGCAUGGCGUGUUUCAAAGCCAACAUACUUGAUACAAGAGACGUUGAUUGGAGAUGGUAAUGGGUGCCACAUGGAGCGGAAACAAAGCAUUGGGUUCUUUAGCUGGGGGGGCAUUGACAACGAGGGUUAGAGGGCAUGCUAGGAAUGGAUGAAAAGUGACAAAUUGCAUGGAAUUGGCGGUGGGAAAUGCAGGACCAGUGGCUGUUAGCCCCAUAACUAUUUAUAGAAAAAGCAGAGAAAUGCAGCACAAGAGCCAAGCCAUUUGCAUGCAGAUAGAUAGAUAGAGAGAGAGAGAGAGAAAGAAAGUGCUGAAAAAUAUUUAACACAACACCACUACUUAGUUUCAGACCAAGUGGGGGACUGAUUUUAGCUUUUAAGUCACCCAAUCCAUCCACAUUGGCCAUUGGAGAUACAAAACCUGAUCAUCCCAAGCUUAGCUGCUCUGCUCUGACAAUCUGACUUCCCAUUAUUCACUUCUCUCUCUCUCUCUCUCUUCCCAAAUUUAAUUUGGCCUAUUCAUGUUGUUCUUUUCAAAUUUGCACCCCUCCGUAUUGAAUGCUCCAUGUUGGAGAAGAAAACUUCACCAAUUGGGAACCUUCUUAAUCCACAGUCAAAUCACAUUUGAUUAAGCUCUUUAUGGCAUGAAAGCUUCAAAAUGCAUCAAAGAAACACAGAGUUAAAACUCCUGCAAGAGAAACCCAUUUGCCCACGAAACUGAUAUUUGUCAGACAAUGAAAGAGAAACAAAAAAUAAAUAAAUAAAAGAUUCCAUUUCCCAAUCCAGGCAUUUUUCUCCACCAAUAACUCUCUUUCUCCUCAGGAUGUAGAAGCAUCCCCACUUCUCUCUUUUCUCUCUCUCUCUUAUCUCCUCUGUUCCCAAGCCCAUACAGCACCUUGUCUUUGUGUCAAAGCACUCUAUAUAAUUAUUACACGUUGAGGCUCUUCCCAUUUUUCAACUCUUGAAAACUUUUAAGCUUCUGAGCUCUCUUCUUUUUUAUCAGAUCAAACGCCAUACUUUUCUUUCUCAUUCUUUCCUUCCUUCUGAGUAAUAUCUUGUACUCUCUUUGAAUCUCUUUUUUUCACAGGCAUGGAAUUUGAAGAAAAGGUUUCUCAGACCAACGUAGAAGAAGACAGUAGCAGAGCAAGAGUGUUUCCUUGUCUAUUCUGUUCAAGAAAGUUCUACACUUCUCAAGCCUUAGGCGGCCAUCAGAAUGCUCACAAGAAGGAAAGAAACGCUGCAAGAAAGGCAAAAAGAGCAUCUGAAUAUGCACCGCCGCCGCCGCCACCACCACCAUCACUGCCAAUGAUUUUUGCGCCGAGUCAUCAUCAUUUAGGCUUGUUACAUCCUUCAAUGUACGUAAAUGCCCAUGCAGCCACCCUGCAGUGUUAUCCUAGCCACCAGUUCUCUGAUAGUUUUGGAUCCAGUGGUGCACCAAGGUUCGAUAAUGGACUGUUGUAUGGUGGGAGUAGUUGCUCAAGCCUUAGCAGCAGGUUUCAUCAAUGUGAAGAAGAAGAAGAGCAAAGUUUCUUGAAUUGGCAAAGAAGCAUAAGAUUCAAUAGCUUUAAUGGAAGUACUGGGUCCAACCAACACUCUCCAGCAUUAAUGGUGAAUAACGGAAAUGGUAAUAAAGAUAAAAAACUUGAUUUGUCUCUCCAUUUAUGAAUAAGAAGGAUGGUACUUGAGAGAAUGUUCAUUUUUGUUUUCUACUUAGGAUUUCCAUUUCUCAUCUCUUUUUGGGAAUUUGCAUGUCCUUGUAAUAAGACCUUUCUAGUUAUUAAUUUUUGACAAAUGAUAAAAAAAA